AUGAAUCUAAAGGGUACGUUACAGGCGUACGUUGGUUCGCCGCCGCCGCCGUUGUUGGUAGCCAGCCUACUUCGUACGGCGUUGGGCCUUGGGACAGGACAGGAAUGUAGCAAUGCACCGUGGAGGAGCGCCUGGCGAGCACAACAUCAUCACCAUCAUCAGACCAGCGUUGCAACGGGCAGCCAAGGACAUUCGCGACGGAAAGCUUCUCGAACUGGGCGAUGGCGGGGAGGUGCCGGGGUCAUUACAUGCAGCAAGGGCAAAUGUUUGCGAGUGCUUCUCGCCAUUGUUUGUGCGAUACGUUUGGACCCUGACUCCAGGGCCCGGCCAGCCGAUCAGACUGUGACCGAUCCCCUGCAUCAGGGUGGUCCGCGCCUGCAGUUGAAGCGGAGACGUGCCGGGUGCCCGCUCACAAACGUCGCCGACGCAGCCAUCCGCGGAUCCGCAGAUCGGGGGACGGGGCGCGUUGGUGCGCGCUGUCCGUCCAGCCUACGAGAUUCCGCAGAGGACAGCCACGCUGCCUUGCUGGGAGGGCGGGCGCCGUGGAUCGAGAUGGGAUUCUGGAUGGGAAGCGCGUCGCCAAGGGGCCGCAGAGAGGCGCGAAGGGGACCACACGAUAAGGAUGGAGGGGACGAGCGGACCAGGGGACUCACCGCGCGAUCCGGUCGGGCCCAGGCACGGUGCGACGAAAGCGCCAAAGAAGAAAAGAGGGCGAAAAAAGACAGACGCCGCUGGCCGACGCAGGGCCUCGAUCUGUCUCUUAUACACAUCUAG